GCAAUGGAAAAACUGGAAAGGAUCAAUGGAAAUGGGAUGCUUAAUCUGAGUAGUUUUAGAGACUGGUUGGCUCCUAAUUUCAGAACUGAUUUCCGGCAGAGAUUAGUUGAGUCAAGGCAGCUCCUGCAUUGUUUUUCUAAGUUUGUUUAUUGUUUCAGUGGGGGUGUUUUGGCUUGAUAAUCUUCCUAGAUAUGACUGAUGCUUAAUUUAGUGGAGCUUGGAAUUUUUCUUUGUGUGUUGCUAAUAAGCUUUUCCCUUGUUCUGGGAAUUAAAAUGCUUUCCUUUUUAGCCCAAUUAAAUUUAUUAAAGGAAGGCCUCUAUGAAAAGGCCAUUCUUUGAGGUCUCUAAGUGGAAUUGAUUUGUCUUGAAAAUUCUUCCUUCACUGGCUGUUAAAACAUUUCAUAGUUACUGAAGGCUUAUUAUGAAGGCUGUCUCAAUAUCUUCCCUCCAAAAUGCUAAAGAAUAAUUUGGGCAGCAGUUCAGACUCUAAAAAUGAAGAUGGCUCAGUCUUCUCACAGACUGAACACAAUAUUGUUGCAGCUUACUUGAUUAUGGCAGGUAUGGUAAGUAUUCUCAGCAACAUAAUAGUUCUGGGCAUCUUCAUUAAGUACAAGGAACUUCGGACACCCACAAAUGCAAUUAUCAUAAACCUGGCUGUCACUGAUAUAGGGGUCAGUAGCAUUGGCUACCCCAUGUCUGCUGCAUCAGAUCUGCAUGGAAGUUGGAAGUUUGGAUAUGCAGGAUGUCAGAUUUAUGCUGGAUUAAAUAUCUUUUUUGGGAUGGCAAGUAUUGGAUUACUCACCGUUGUGGCCGUGGAUAGAUACCUGAUCAUCUGCCAUCCUGACAUAGGAAGAAGAAUGACCUCUAACACAUACGUCGGCAUGAUCCUGGGGGCCUGGAUCAAUGGCUUGCUUUGGGCUUUGUUGCCUAUCACAGGGUGGGCGAGUUAUGCCCCAGAUCCUACUGGUGCCACCUGUACCAUAAACUGGCGGAAAAACGAUGUAUCUUUCGUUUCUUACACGAUGACAGUUAUUGCGAUGAAUUUUGUUGUGCCCCUAGCAGUGAUGUUUUACUGCUAUUAUCACGUCACUCAAUCUAUUAAACAUCAUUCUGCUAGUAACUGUGCUGAGUACCUCAACAGGGACUGGUCAGAUCAGUUAGAUGUAACAAAGAUGUCUGUGAUAAUGAUACUAAUGUUUCUGGUGGCUUGGUCCCCUUAUUCCAUUGUGUGCUUAUGGGCUUCUUUUGGUGACCCAAAGAAGAUUCCACCCUCUGUGGCCAUCAUAGCUCCACUGUUCGCAAAGUCUUCUACAUUCUACAAUCCCUGUAUUUAUGCGGUUGCUAAUAAAAAGUUCCGGAGGGCGAUGUUUGCCAUGCUGAAAUGUCAGACUCACCAAGCAGUGCCUGUGAUGAGUAUUUUACCAAUGAACGUGUCUCAAAACCCAUUGGCUUCUGGAAGCGUCUGAAAUAGGAGAGAAAAGCACACACCAUCAAAACAUUUUAUUUACUUUUUUUGCAGUGUUUUAUUUUUAUUUUAUAUUCGAUCCCAUUUGGUUUAAAUGCAGACAUAGAUGAAUGUCCUAUUAGACUGCAGGUCCAUCAAGUGUGGCACAUGGUUCUGUUCAUGCAGUGGCUGCUGUGGUGUGUGUUUCUUUAUUUCAUUGUAUGUAAACUUGUUGCUCAUCUCCUGUUAUGGCCCCAGGCUCACGAGAUUAAGGCCUCUACGCUCUUCUCCCUGUCGGCACACAUGACGUCAUACUGAUGGCCUGCUAACUUGUUAGGGUCCUCCAUUAGCCUAGAAGCAGCUGCUAUGUUAAUGUUAGAAUAAAUUAACAACAAUAAUAAAUUAUAUAAUAUUAUAUCAUAAUAAAUAAUUACUGUAAUAAGUUGUUGGAUAUUCCUGGCUAGAAUAAAAAAACAUUUUUUUUUGCAUUUCAAAAUAUUAAAUUUUUUAAUGCAAUUAACUUAUACCACUUUACAAAAAGAAUUAAAUGAACAUUAAACACUAUUGCUUCUAAAUCACUUCUGUCCAUCAGUGCACUUAUACAUUUUCUGUAGCAAUAUAAUCUCUGUCGUUGUGUAUUCAGCGUUUUUCAAUUACCAUUUUUCUGCAGGUGUAUUUCCAUAUAUUUGACAUUAGAAUUGAGCUCAAUGAGAAUGGGAAUUUUGCUCUGUUUUGUUCUUUGACUUAUCUUCAGCACCUAGACCCAUCUUGCCUGGCACAUAGUAGGCACUCAAUAAAUGUUUAUUGAAUGUUGAAUGAAUUUGUUGACUCCACAUAUUUGUCAUUCUAAACGACCAUUAAGCCUAGCAUGUUAAUUUAUCAUUGUCUAAUAAUUUAGUAUCAGUGGGCAUUUACAUUGCUUUCCAUUUUUAGUUUCGUGGAUGCACCGCUGGGAACAUUUUAAUACAAACAAGGUUUUUUUGUAGAGGGGGUGGGUAUUUUAUUUGUGUGUCUCCUCAGGCUGGAAUUAUUGGAUAAAAAUAGUAUCUUCGUUGCUAGCUUGCUCUCUGGAAAGGCUGAAUUAAUUUGCACUGCCAUUGGCAGUAUAUAAGUACCCUUUCCCCUUCAUAGUCUUGCUAACAGUGUGCCAUAUUAUUAAUUUUUUAAACCAUGAGUUAUAUACAGUUACUUAAAGUUAUUUUAUUUCACAUUUCUUUAACUGCUAGUAAGGCUGUAUAUCUUUGCAUAACGUAUUUUCUUAGUUUUUUGUUUGUAAAUUGUCUCGUUAGCAUCUUUGAUUGCAUAUUAAAUAAAAUCAUGGUAGUAAUCUUUCAUCUGUACAACUCUAUGUAUUUGGGCUGGUAAGCUGCUAUAAUAUUCUAACUUAUUUC